UUACUUUUUGUUUAUUUGUUUGUUUUUAGCUAUAAAUAUGAAUAAUACAGAGUUAACUUUCCCCAUGAAGAAAGAUCGUGAGCCGAAAGUGAUCGUUUUUCAAGAGCCUGGCAAAAACAAAGCAAAAGUAAAAGCUAAGAAACGUUCGAAGAAAAUCGAAGCCGAAAGCGAGGAGGACGAUUUUAUUAGCGUCGCUAAAGAAGUCAAAGAAUUUGGGAUUACCGGGUUCACACGAAAAGAACAAAAAAGAAACCAACAAAAAUAUGCAGAGUAUUUAGGCGCACACAAACAGAAACAACAAAAAGUCCCCUAUCCUAUGUUGAUGGAACGAAUAAAGAAACGCAAAUUAAAAGAGACGAAAGAAAAGGAACUUGAGAGAGCAAUGGGUAUAUUUAAAAAGAAAAAGAAAACAGACGACGUUAAGUUGACUACAAAAUUAAAUUUGGGAAGGUGGGUGGACAAAUCAAAUUUAGGUAAAAUAUCUGCGACGAGCAACAACAAAAUCAGAGUUAAUAAAAACGAUGUUUUUAAGAAGAAACCAAAAUAGCAGUAGUAUCUUUCUUAUUUAUUUUUUUUCGACAAAUUGAACUUAACACCUACUAA